AUGCAUCUGGCAAUUCCAUUCCUCACCAUCUUCCUAGCAACAGCCUCCGCCCUCGAUUGUCAAUCCCCUCCAAGCCCCAGCACCAUAAACCUCUGCAACGACUGGACCGUCCGCUGGGACUACGUCAACACCGACCCCACGGAAUUCUGCAUCUACCUAAGCAACUACGAGCUCGGCUACCCACCCCACGCAAUCCAAGUCGCCGGUCCUGUGAACAGGAACAACCGGCGUGCCACUGUUCCGGGGCAAUGUCGCCCGGAGCUUGGGACUAGUCAACACCGCGUCUGGCUUAGCGCGUGCAAUGCGCCGCUCACUAUCUACGAUCAGUGCGAUCCGAUCACGAUUCAGCAGCCUUGCUGUCGCGUUAGUCGAGUCAAUGCUCGUUCACGGGAGUUCGAGGUCGACGAGUGA